AUGACGGACUGUCAAUAUGACCCCAGCACGCAGGGCGUCGAUGCCCAGUGUGCUGUGGGCAAGCAGCUGCGAGAGAUCCUCACCACCCAUGGCUUCGUCUACGCCGCCGGCCUGGUGCCCUCGGAGAUUGUGGCCCAGGCAUUCGCCACCUCACGGGCUUUCUUCUCAGAGAGCACCAAUCGCGAGGCGCUUCAGCCGCUGAAUCCAGAGACCAAUACUGGAUACGGGCGGAUGGGCGGCGAAGCCUUGAACGCCCGUCGUGCCAACGACCUCAAGGAGGUCUUCAACCUCCGCAAAGCCGCUUUUGAGCCUGGCGCGAAAGCCGCCGAGGGCACGCCAGAGGGAUUCAUGCCAGUGGCCACCACGAUUUGGGAAGCUUGCUGCCGCGGCGCACUGCAGGCCCUGCUUGCUUUCGGCGUCGCCCUGGAGUUGGAGAAUCCUGCAAAGUUCGCGCAAACCAUCAAAACCUGGGACCUCACCACGAUGCGCAUGUGCCACUACCCUGCCUCCUGGAGCGAAAAGGGUUUAAGGCUUCGGGUCCCAAGCCCUAGCCCGAUUUAG